AUGACCAUGACUCUCGACACCACACAGCAGCGGUUUGGGCCCUCGCUGAACUUUGACUAUUCGGCUCCCGCACAACCUCCAGCAUUUUCAAACCCGUGGUCAUCGGCAUCGUCACCGCCCCAAACCGCCCCGGCGGGUGGCGCUCUCUUCGUCGGCAACCAUCAUCAGGCCCUCAACCCCAAUAUGAUGGCCGGCAAGUCAUCCCAUAGUGGCCGCGCCAGCACCAGCAGUGCCUCAUCUAUUGCAUCGUAUGGCUCAAUGCCUGUCGCCAACACAUCCGCAGGUAGCCUCAGCCCUUCUCCCUCAAUGGCCGGUAUCUACGAGCAUCAGGACUUACUCAAUGUGCCUCAAGAUCUCCUCAGCAUCAACCGCAUGCAAACUACAUCCGCGGCAUACGGGGACCCGACGUACACAACGUCGGCCUCUCCAGUCAACCCUCACUUCGCGCCGACCUCUGCUGCCCCGUACGAGGCCAUGGGCUACGCUCCCGCCCCCGUUCGGCCGCCACACUUCACUCUCGCCCCUGACGCAGACCAUGCCAGGCGGUUCUCUCAGCAAGGUCUCCCUCAUGAUGACCGAAGGAGCUUUGCGGAUGCUCUUGACGCAAGCCACGGCAUGCUCGCCAUGAGCCAAGAAACUCCCAGGAACAUCUAUGGCCCUCGGAGCGACAGGUCUUCCGUAGACUCAUACGGAUUUCCUUCCACCCACUCCACCAGCUCCUCCAUCUCCUCCUCUGGUAACUUCAGCUCCUACUAUGGCGACUCAGUCUCCGAUUACUCAACUGCUGGUUCAGACAUCGAAUCCGUCAACUCGAGGGCCCUCCCUCGACCACAGGGGUUGAUGGCUUCCCAGAUCCCCCCCGCGCCCCAGUCAAUGAUGGGACAGUUCAGUUCCAAGGUCUCUUCUAGCACCCAGAAGAAGCACAAGUGCAAGGUCUGCGACAAGCGGUUUACUCGCCCGAGUUCCCUGCAGACCCAUAUGUACAGCCACACUGGCGAGAAGCCCUUCGCUUGCGAAGUUGAGGGCUGUGGCCGACACUUUUCGGUCGUUUCCAACCUUCGCCGACACAGGAAAGUUCACCGUGGCGAUGCUCGCUCGGAAGCUGGAUCUGAGGAUCACCAAUCCGACUAA